GAUCCUAAACAAACCUUAUCGUAACCUGUAAAUUACAUUUCACAAUGUUGUAACGGUAUUUCUCAGCGCCUUUGAGUUCUCUUAUUACUGAAAAAUGGAAAGGAAUCAUGAUGAUUCUGAAGGCAGUUGUGCACAGAAAAACUUCCAACAAAAUUCUAAUGAAAAUGCAACAAAGGAAAAUCAAUUACCAAUGGGAAUUCAAAAUGACGUGCAAUCAUCAGGAAAUGGGACUACUACUGAUGAUUUAUCACCAGGUCCAAGUGAUGACAGGUCACCAAUGCUGACACCAAAUACAACACAAGAUUGGUUACAUGAAGAAAAUAUUGAAAGUAUUAUUCACCAAGAUGAAACAAUUCCUGCAAGAGAUAGGAUUAAGGAAAGUAAUUUAGAAGAAGGUACUCAAAAUUUAACAUAUUGGAAGCCUGACAAUGCAGAGGAUAUUGAAGAGCAUACAGAAACAACCACUGGAGACAGCAGCUUGGAGCACUCUGAACAGAGUUCAGUUACCGAGGAUCAGCAUCAAGAAACAAUGGAAAUUGAACCAAAACAACUGCCUUCUAAACUACAGGCAGAAGAGGAACUAUAUAAUAGUGAAACAGCCCCUAAAUUGGAAGAGAAACCAUCCUCCAUCUUUGAAGGAAAAACAAAAAAUUGGCUUACUGAAGAAUACCCGAAUUUAGAUAACAUGAUUUCAGUCAGAGCAUUCCAGAGUUCAGUGAAUGAAGAAAACAUGCUGAAAGGGCAAAACAAGUUACAGAAAAAGACUCAGAACUGGGCUGAUUCAUCAUCAACUAAUAAAUAUGGCGAUGCUGAUUGGGAAAGGUCAUCAGGUUCUCAGGGGAGUAAAUCUGUAUACCUCAAUGGACUUAAACCACAUACAGAUGAAAUUCUACCCAGGAGAGAACCUUCCAUCCCAGAGGAGUACAGUAUCCAACCUGUUACAGUGAAAUUCCUCAUGAACAAGACGAGAGCAUUCACUUGUGCUUUUGGAGUACAUACAUAUAUACAAGAGGUAAAGGAGACAUUGUCAAGAACAUUCCGAUGUCAACCAAUUGAUUUACAGUUGAUCAAAAAUGGAGUAGCACUUUCAGAUAGGCUAGAAAUAUCAGAGUUGGGAGUUGAACCUUAUGGAACAGUGGAAAUUGAGAUGAAAGCAAAAGGGUCUUUGAAAACUGAGAGUAUGUACGAUGUUCCCAUCGUGCCAGAUGUUAUCACAGUGAGAGUUGAAUCAGGUAUUCAUAUUUUACAUGUUUAUAUAUGUAAGACUUUACUUAAAGAUAUAAUUUUGAUUGUUACUUACAUUACAUUUCAUGAAGUAUGCAGUUUGUUUUAGGCACAUAACAUUCCACUAAGUAUAUUUAUGUAUAUAACAGUUCAUUUAAGUGUAUAUUUUAUACUUUAUGUUCAUAGCAGUCAACUUAAAUAUAUAAUUUAUAUUUUAUGUACAUCACUCUUCAUUUAAGUAUGUAGUUUAUAUUUUAUAUACUAAGUAUAUAAUUUAUAUUUUUGUGUACACUUCACACAGGUGUAAAUUUUAUAUAUCUACAGAUAUGUGGCAAAUGUGUGUUAUUAAAGUGGGACAUGUUUCCAUCACCUCAUUUUGGUUAAAGAGACACACUGUUUUGAAAGAUGCCUCUCUGUUUCCAUAA